GGGGCGGGCGGCGGCGGAGCUCCGAGGCCGCUCUGCCCGGCAGCCCCCAGCCGCUCCGCGUUCCGCCGCCAGCAUGGGCGGCUCUGCCUCCAGCCCGCUGGACGACAGCAAGUGCGCCUACAUCCGAGGAAAAACAGAAGCUGUCAUAAAGAACUUCAGCCCACACUACAAACGCCAGUACACCGUGGCUUUCUGCAAGCACGUGCAGAAUGAGCUGGAGCAGCACCGUGACUCCCAGUCACAGUUCCUGAAAACCAAGCCAAAGUCAGAAGCUGAGACAGUCUUAUAUGAAACAGAGUUGCUGCAUUUUGCUGAGGACCUGAAGAAGUGGAAGGACAGAUAUGUCGUUAUCAAAAAUGACUACACUGUGGAUUGCUUUGAGACCAAAGAGGCCUACCUGAAAGGACUCAGCCCUAAAUAUCAUAUUGUUCCUGCAGGGGGUAAAGUGCUGACUUCAGAAGAAGAUUACAAUUUACUGUCUGAUAAACAUUUUCCAGAUCCUGUUGGGUCAAGCGAGAAGGAGGUUGCUCAAGCCUUCGUUCAGCUGCCUAGAGAGUUCCCAGUGUACCUGUGGCAGCCGUUCACCCGACACAGCUACUAUUGCUUCCAGGAGCCAGAGGCUCAGAGGCAGUUCAGUGCAGUGCUGAAUGACUGCGUGAGACACUCAAAUCAUGAUAUUCUCAAGCAGACUACGUAUGAAGUUGAGGCGUUCUUAGAAGCCGUUCAGUUCUUCCGGCAGGAGAAAGGCCACUAUGGGACUUGGGAAAUGACAACUGGCAAUGAAAAAGAGAUCUUGAGCAACCUUGUGAUGGAGGAACUCCUUCCUAACCUUCAGACGAUGAUCCUGCCUAAAAUGAAAGGAAAGAGGAAUGACAGGAAGCGGGCCUGGUUUGGUUUUGUAGAAGAAACAUAUGGCUUAGUCCAGCAGCAGGUUUCGGAAGAACUGAGUACCUUGAAAGAAGAGUGCAGAGAUUUUGCAAAAUCUCUUGAAGGAACCAUUCGCUCAGACAUGGAUCAGAUUCUGAACUCCAAGAACUUCUUAGCUGGAAAAAUCAAAGCCACUGUUUCUGAGCCUGCUCAGAAAUGCUGCACAGAAAAUAUCCAGCCAUUUCUCACAUCCAUAUUGGAGGAGCUCAUGGGUCCCGUGAGUUCUGGAUUCACUGAAGUUCGCUCACUUUUUGAUAAAGAAGUUAAUGAAAUCAUCCAGAACUUUCAGAAGACAAAUGAUAUCACAAAGCUAAAGGAGAAUGUGGAUCAGCUGAUGAACCUACCAUUCAGUUCUGUGAAGAUGGAGCCUUGCUAUCUGAAAGUGAACCUCCUCCAGGAGCUCCUUCAAGACCUCAAGAGUCGCUUCAAGGUCUACCACAUUGACUUUGUGGUUCAGAGGACACAGAACUUCAUGCAAGAGCUGAUGGAAAAUGCAGUUUAUACUUUUGAGCAGUUGUUCUCUCCAAGUCGCCAGGCAGACUCAGCGAAAGUUGCAACAACCAUUGAAAAAGUCAAACUGAGAGUACUGAAGCAAUACGAUUACGACAGCAGCACUAUCCGGAAGAAGAUAUUUCAAGAAGCACUAGUACAGAUUACUUUGCCCACGAUGCAGAAGACACUGGCUUCAACAUGCAAACCAGAGCUGCAGAAAUACGAGCAGUUCAUUUUUGCUGAUUACACUAGCGUGAUCCAAGUAGAGAAUGUGUAUGAAGAGAUUUUAUAUCAGACACUGCUUGAAGAAACCCUGAAAGUGAUAAAAGAAGCUGCCAUUCUGAAGAAGCACAACCUCUUUGAAGAUAACUUGAACUAUCCCUGUGAAAGUGUGUCCAGUUUAACUGACUUGAAGACCCCUUCGGGAUCGGCACAAACCACUCCCGCUAAGAAGCCUUCCACUGCCAGAGCAGAGAUGUCAGAUACUGACACUCAAAGUGAGGAGACACUCAUUGUGACCGAAAAGAUUUCUUGGGAGAAAGAUCACGAUGAUAGCAAGCCAUCAGAUAAAGAGGCAGUCAUUUCUGUUAAUAUGGCUGGUAAUCAGGCAAGCAAAAAUGAAGAAGUGAUCAUUACAGACAUCAGUGAGAAACAGGAGUCCCUUGCAGCUGACCUUAUGAAACAAAAAGUUCCAGAGGAAAAUACUGCUUUGGAGAAUGAAGACAUGGUGAAAAGAGACUUUGUAGGGGACACUGGGACAGAGCUUAUUACAAAACAAGAAGUUGUGGAGGAAAAAGUAGCUUUGGGGACUGAAAAAGCAUUCAGAGAUUUUGGAGUCAGCCCUGAAAAAGAACUUAAGGUACAUGAAGAAGCAGUAGAGGAGAAGGUAGCUUCUGAGAACAAAACAGCAACGGAUGCAGCGUUUGAUGGUAGCACUGAAAAAGAAAGCAAAAUACAGGAAGAAGUUGUUCAGACCAAUCUGACUUCCCCACAUGGUAACGUAGCAGAAGCAGAGAUUUUAGGAAAUGAUGAAAUGAAAAUCAAGAUAGAAAAAGGGAUUACAGAAGAAUUAUCACAGAGUGAAAAUGCAGUAGGAACAGGGCUUGAAGAGGAAAGUAAAAAAGAAAAUAAAGGCCAAGGAGUGAGUAUUGACAUGAGGGUUACUUGUCAGGAUGAAAACACAGGGAAAGGAGGUUUUGGGGAGAAUUCUGAGAAAGAAAGCAAGUCAGAAGAAAAGAGUUGUAAAUGCCCUGAUGAUGUGAAUGAGAUAAGGAAUUUGCUGAUGGUAGCAGUUGAAUUACCAGCAGAUACUCCACCUGAGAAUAUAAAAGAGAUUUGUGAAGGUGAGAUUUUAAAGUUGCAAGAGCAUGAAGGGAAUGAGAUAAGCAAAAUAGCUGCAGCAGAAAUUGAAGAAAGACAGAUGAUGAUGAAUAAAGAUGCAGCAGAAAGCAUGGAGUUCAAGGAGGACCGACCAUCUUCAUCUAGUUUGGGGACAGGUGGUAAGAAUUUAGUGAAUGUGUCCAAGGCGGGCUGCAAUACGGCACAAGCAGAAUGGCUGGUGGAAAUCUCAGAUACACCUCAAGUGGUAAAAUCAGAAGUUGAGAUGAAGCAAAGUGUUUGGUACACAGGUGCGGAAAGCUGUGACAGUGACAGAUUGCAGCCAGAAGAACACACUGAAAAUACAUCUGAAGACAAAAGAUUAGAUGGGGAGGGAGGAGGAACAGGGAGUAGUCAUGCUGUCCCAGUGGAGGUAGGGAUUGAGAGCUUUUUUCAUAACUCUGCUGAAAAUCCAAACACAGCACAAGUGCCUAUUUUGAAUACAGAAAGGCCAAGAACAGGACUGAGAGAUGUGCAGGUUUCUUUGGCAGUUGAUCAAGGAGAGGUUAGUGCCAUACAGGUCACAGGAGGUGCUGAGCCUGGUGAGGGCAAAGGGAAGCCAGAAGAUGAAUCAUCUUCACAUAUGGAAAUAAGAAGCUCGGAAGUACAAGAUAUUUUCACAGAAGAAAACAGGGAAAGUAGUUAUGUACAGCAAAACCCUGAAGAGUAAGAAUUUUUUUUUCAGCCCAGCCCUUUAGGAUUUAUUUGCUUCAGUAAUCCCUGUUUAAUCGUGAAUACUUACUUGAAUUGGAGCUAGUGGAAAUGGGCUGUACUGUGGUAUUACCAGCUUGCAGUUUUGUCACAGAUCUCUUCCAGAGUGAUAGGUGAUAGAUUUCCUUUCAGUUAAAGCCCUCACCACUUAAAAUCCAAUUGCUGUCAGGAAACCUCAUCUUUCACUUAAAAUUUGCUGCCUGUUAUGGUUAUAGAGAAGUCUGAAAAUGUCACCACAGAAUGCUUCAAAAGCAAUUCACCCCUGUCUAUAAAGUUAUUUUAGCAACUUAAGACUUAACUUCUUAGGUGUUUUAACUGGGGAGUGGCUCAUGAUUUUAAAAUGCCUGGAUUUGACAGUGCUGUUAUGAUUCUUAGAUGGUUGGUACAUACAUACGUUGCUAUUCACAGAUGCUUUUAGUAUUUGCAUGCAGUAUAUGGGAAAUAAAACCAUUAGUAGUUAAACAGAACAUGAUAGUUAAUUUAGUAGGUUGCUCAAAAGCCCCACUUUGUGCAAAUUCUGCAAACCGAUAACGUAAUUAUUAUGAAGUUUUGACAGGUAUUAAAGACAAGCAACUUUUCUGAUUUUUUUCUUAUUGCUAUAUUUAAAAAGGGGGAAAAAAUGGGAGCAGGUUUCUCAGUCCCACUCUGCACUUCUGGGUUAUUUAGCCUUCCAGAGCACUUUACGGUUAUUUUAUUUUAUGUUAUAGACGGGAAAGAUGAGAAUGUUUACAACAGCUAUAACCAUAAGGCAGCAUCCUUAUGUUUUACUUCCCACCAUAAAAUAUAUUCACUUACCGCUAUCUAAUACUGAGUAUUAAGAAUCCUGCCAUUCACAUUCUUACUGACUUGAGUUACUCACUUUUGUAGGGCUUUCUAGGUGCGUAAAUUACAUCAUGAAUUGCAAUAAUUGUGAAAUAGUAUGAUGAUUGCAUAUAAUUUCUAAUAGAUAAGUGAAGCAAAAAUCAGCUAAGGGCUAUUCACUUGUGCUUAGAUACUGGAGGGCAGAAUCAAGUUUUGAAAGCAGUAACUAAAAUGAGACUUGUUGCUUUCAUAGCCAGCAUACUAUCAUCCACAACAAAUUGUGAUCUAUGCAUCAAGUGGCUUAUAAGCAUUGUUUGCACACAAUAUAAAGACUGUGCACAGAAAAGCUUGGAAAUGAAAAACAGCAUUUUAACAAAUUGAGCUUUAGAGAUAAAGACUGCACUUCAGAGGUCACUUUAGGGCACAUUAAAACUUUGAUCUGGGGUUUCUGACUCUUUCUGAAUAAAUGCAAGACUGUAAAGGCAGCAAGAUAUAAUAAUAAUCAUCGCAGUAAGUAAAGGACUGAGGGAUCUGCAUUCAUAAAGACAUGGGUAGAAAUAAUAAACUCCAGAGAGCAUAAUAUUUGUUGGCAUUUAACAACCUGUGUAAAGUCUGUUAUUUAAUGCUAUCAAAAUCUACUAUAAUACUAACAGAGAAUGGAUACUAGAGGAAUAGGCAAAUAUUACUGCCUAAGUAUGGAAUGUGUUGAGUAAUUUGACAGAGUGGAGUGUCACUGUUGUAAAAUAAAUGCAACUCCUAUUUAUUCCAGAA